AUGCGGAACUUUCUGGACUGUUUUGAAUCAUGUAUAGGACGAGAGGAGCUAAAGCAGUCUACAGAGGAGAAAGCUACUCAUCGCACUCUCCCACCACCUCCUCCUAUCACCGAAUUCACCGUAAAUACGGAGAAUAAUUUCGCAGUGGAGGCGUUCAAGGCCGCUUUGGAAACUUGUCGCCAUCCAAGCAAAAAUCUUGUAAUCUGUCCGUAUUCCGCGGAAUUGGUCCUGGCAGCGCUUUUCCCCGGAACCGAUGGUGAACUGCAUGCAGCGUUGGCGCAGCUGCUGUGUCCCGAUGGACGAUCUUUUUCCGACUUGGUAACGAAUCUACAGGCAGUUAACACGGACGGCGCGCUGAACAGUGCGAAUGCGGUGUUUUAUGACGAUCACUGUCGCUUGGCCUCUCAGUACCGCGAGACGGUGGAGACGUCCAUACAAUGCGGGUUUAUUCCGACGCCGUUUCAGGAUGCUCCGGACCGAGCGGUGGACAUUGUCAACCAGUUCGUGGCGGAGAAGACAGAGGGCAAAAUUACGGCAUUUCUUACCGAAAGCCGACCGAAUGCAGCGCUUAUCCUAAUCAACAUCAUAGAUUUUGCCGGACAGUGGACAGCGCCAUUUAACCCGCAAGAUACUAAGCAGAACAUUUUUCAUUGUCCCGGUGGUGUGGAAAAGACUGUCAGUUUCAUGAAAGAAGAGCGCGCUUGCAUCCGGCACUAUAAUGUUUUGGAUUACGCCAGGGCCGUUGUCGAGGUCGGUGAUCCAAAAAUCAUUGUCAUGGAUGUAAAGGGAAGGAAGUUUAGUGUUAUGAUUUUGUUACCAGCGGAUAAUUCGGCUGAUGGAAUGCGGCAGCUGGUAGAAAUGCUGACAAUUCAGCGGCUCUUAUCCUGGCUAAAGAAAAGCGAGCCCGAUUGUCCCCCCUACAUCCUGCUUCCCAAAUUUCGCAUCCGCUGCUCUACAGACCUGAUCCUAACUACAAUGAAGCUGGGUUUAGACCAGAUGUACGCACCAUCGGCAGGGAAUUUCUCUAGGAUGAUGGAUGAUGGAAAAGAAAUGAAAAUCGAUGAAUUUACACAAGAAGUUAUCUUAGAUCUGGAUGAGUACGGUGUAAAAGCGACGGCUGUCAGUGCAUGCCGAUUGGUGUGUCACUGUUUACGUGAACCUCAACCCGACUUCGUUGCCGACCGACCGUUUCUGGUGGUCAUCUGGAACGAAGUCGUCGGUGUACCCGUUUUUAUUGGUCAAAUCAAUGAUCCCACCGAGUAA